ACAGUAGUCUCUCCUUGCUGCCUUUGACUUGGGAGGCAGAAGCAAGCAGAUAUCUGAUCUAAGCCAACCUGGUCUGAAGAAAGAGUUCUAGGAAGCCCGCACUACACAGAAAAGCCGUAUCUCAGAUAGAAAUAAUCGUCUUUCUUACUUGUGUCUUAGUCCUCCUUCAGAGAAGAUGGAGCUCCCCAGGUCAAGGCUGGGGCUGGAAGUGUAAAGUGGUCCUGCUGCAUUUUGUCACUACUGGGGCAACUAUAACUUCCUGAGAACCAGGCCAGAAGCCUAAGAAUUAUUUUGUAGAUAUCAGAGGACAAGACUCUGGAACACUGUUGGCUGCCUGUGGAUCUUCUAUACUUACACUGUUGCUUUUAGAUCUGCCACUGUUAGAUACAUCCUGUCACGCAUCCUAGUAGUAUAGUAGCUCUUGAAAAGGAGUCACAGCCACUGUCAGCCACUGUCUGCCAGGAGUCCCUCUACCAGCUCCUGUGGUUGCCUUUUCCAUCAUGCCAAAGAAUAAAGGCAAAGGAGGCAAAAACAGGUGCAGAGGUAAAAAUGAAAAUGAAUCUGAGAAAAGAGAGUUGGUGUUUAAAGAAUAUGGGCAAGAGUAUGCUCAGGUGACCAAAAUGCUGGGAUGUGGACGGUUGGAAGCAAUGUGUUUUGAUGGUGUAAGGAGGCUGUGCCACAUAAGAGGAAAGUUGAGAAAAAAGGUUUGGAUAAAUACCUCAGACAUUAUAUUGGUUGGUCUACAAGACUAUCAAGAUAACAAAGCUGAUGUAAUCUUAAAGUACAAUCUAGAUGAAGCAAGAAGUCUGAAGGCCUAUGGAGAACUUCAAGAACAUGCCAAAAUCAAUGAAACGGACACAUUUGGUCCUGGGGAUGAUGAUGAAAUCGUGUUUGAUGAUACUGGAGAUGAUGAUGAAGACAUUGAUGAUAUAUAACCUAAUCUAAGCAUGCUAUAUUCCAAGUUCUCAGAAGAUUGUUCAACACAAUUGGCAUCUUGAUGUUCAGCUGUUAAGUAAAUCUUCAUUUGGCGUGCAUGUGGCUUGUUAAUGCAAAUUGAUGAAUUUUAUUUUUUGAAGUAUUAUAUUUUUUAAAAACCAAAGAUUUUGAUUAUCUUAAGUGAAAAGUUAACACUUUGUACUUAUCGGUAUAAUUGAAUUUAGGGCACAGCAGUGCAUUGUUAAGAGACUGCCAUUCCAGCCAGGCAGUGGUGGCACACUCCUUUAAUCCCAGCACUUGGGAGGCAGAGGCAGGUGGAUAUCUGAGUUCAAGGCCAACCUGAUCUACAGAGUGAGUUCCAGGACAGCCAGGGCUUCACAGAGAAACCCUGUCUCAAAAAACCAAUGAGAGAGAGAGAGAGAGAGAGAGAGAGAGAGAGAGAGAGAGAGAGAGAGAGAGAGAGAGGUCCUGCCAUUCCAUUUGUGACCCUUCAUUUCUGGCAUGUGAGUGUGUGGUGUCAGCAGUUCUGCCAGGUGGCCAUCCUGGGCUGAAGUAAGUCCUAGUCCAGCACACCUGCUUCAGGACUUUAUAUUUUAAGCAUCUGGCUGCAUUUGAGACUUCUCAGCAGAGUUACAGAUGUGUGGGUCUGCACUUGGAGUCAGACAAAAUAUAGCUAUUUUUGUAUUAAUGGAGCCAUGCCAUUUUAUACAUUCAUGUUCUAUACAUUCACUUUAUCCUUUAAGUUGUCACACAUAAGUUGUUGCAUCUUACAGUGCAGUUUUUAAAUUACAUGGGUAGCAAUUUUGUGUUUUAAAAAUUAGUCAUUGCAGAAAUUAAGUACUUAGACAGGAUAUUUCAUUAUCUUGACUUUAAAAAUAUAAUAGUUGACAAUGUUUACAUAUGAUUUCACUUUUCUAAGGCGUACCC